CUCGUCACCUGGCAGAGGCACAUUCUCAGUGUGUGCUGCGGCUCGUGUGGCUUCUCUCCUCGCAGUUUUCAGCCCUCCCAACCAGCUCCUUGCGUCUGUCCUGAGACAAAUGGCUGGAGUGGAAGCACAGCCCGCUGCCACACUUCGGGUUUGUGCUUGGUUCUUUUCUUGCACCUCGGGAUUCGUGGGCAUCAGGCUGUGAUGUGUGCCGAGGGAGGAACUGAUCAUCUACUCCACCUUGAUCUCACUGUGUUCUGGACAUGACCGACCCUCUUCAAUGGGCCAGAUAUCACUGGCGGCAUCUUACGGGUCCUACGACCAGGGAUGACGAGGAGAGGCCCUACAGCUACUUCUCACUGCUUGCCUGUGGGGGCAAGUCCUCGCAGACCCCCAAACUGGCAGGAAGGCACCGGAUUGUUGUUCCCCACCUUCGGCCCUUCAAGGAUGAGUAUGAGAAGUUCUCUGGAGCCUACGUGAAUAACCGAAUACGAACCACAAAGUACACACUUUUGAAUUUUGUGCCGAGAAAUUUAUUUGAACAAUUUCACAGAGCUGCCAAUCUGUAUUUCCUGUUCCUAGUUGUCCUGAACUGGGUGCCUUUGGUGGAAGCCUUCCAAAAGGAAAUUACCAUGCUGCCCCUGGUGGUGGUCCUUACAAUUAUUGCAAUUAAAGAUGGCUUGGAAGAUUAUCGAAAAUACAAAAUCGACAAACAGAUUAACAAUUUAGUAACUAAAGUUUAUAGCGGAAAAGAGAAAAAAUACAUUGAGCAGUGCUGGAAAGACGUGACUGUCGGGGACUUCAUCCGCCUCUCCUGUAACGAGGUCGUUCCUGCAGACAUGGUCUUGCUCUUUUCCACUGAUCCGGAUGGAAUCUGUCACAUUGAGACUUCGGGUCUUGACGGAGAGAGCAAUUUAAAACAGAGGCAGGUAGUUCGAGGGUACACAGAGCAGGACUGUGAAGUUGAUCCUGAGAAGUUCUCCAGCCGGAUAGAAUGUGAAAGUCCAAACAAUGAUCUCAACAGAUUCCGAGGCUUCCUAGAACAUUCCAACAAAGAACGUGUGGGUCUCAGUAAAGAAAACUUACUGCUUAGAGGGUGCACCGUCAGAAACACAGAGGCCGUGGUGGGCAUCGUGGUUUAUGCAGGUCAUGAAACCAAAACAAUGCUGAACAACAGUGGGCCACGGUACAAGCGCAGUAAAUUAGAAAGGAGAGCAAAUACGGACGUCCUCUGGUGUGUCCUACUUCUGGUCAUCAUGUGUUUAACUGGUGCAUUGGGUCAUGGAAUCUGGUUGAGCAGAUAUGAAAACAUACUCUUUUUUAACAUCCCUGAGCCUGAUGGACAUAUCGUAUCACCAGUGUUGGCAGGAUUCUAUAUGUUUUGGACCAUGAUCAUUUUAUUACAGGUCUUGAUUCCCAUUUCUCUCUAUGUUUCCAUCGAAAUUGUGAAGCUUGGACAAAUAUACUUUAUUCAAAGUGACGUGGAUUUCUACAAUGAGAAAAUGGAUUCUACUGUUCAGUGCCGAGCCCUGAACAUCGCUGAGGAUCUCGGACAGAUUCAGUACCUCUUUUCUGAUAAGACAGGAACCCUCACUGAGAAUAAGAUGGUUUUUCGAAGAUGUAGUGUGGCAGGAUUCGAUUACUGCCAUGAGGAAAACGCCAAGAGGUUAGAGUCCUAUCAGGAAGCUGUCUCAGAAGAUGAAGAUUUUCCGGACCCUGAGAGUGGCUCCCUCAGCAAUAUGGCGAAACCAAGAGCCCACAGCUGCAGGCUGGUGCAUAAUGAGCCUUUGGGAAGUAAGCCCUCCAGGCAACUCGCCGGGAGCUCUGUUGCUGUAGGAAGCAGAGAAGGAGCCAGUGAAGUGCCUCCAUCCAGACAGGCUGCUUUCAGCAGCCCCAUUGAAACAGAUGUGGUGCCAGACACCAGGCUUUUGGACAAAUUUAGUCAGAUUACACCUCAGCUCUUUAGCCCCCUGGAUGAGACCAUCCCAGAUCCACCCCUGGAGACUCUGUACAUCAUCGACUUCUUCAUUGCAUUGGCAAUUUGCAACACAGUAGUGGUUUCUGCUCCAAACCAACCACGCCAAAAGAGCAGAUGCUCUUCACUGAGUGGAAUGCCCAUUAGGUCUUUGGAAGAGAUUAAAAACCUCUUCCAGAGAUUAUCUGUCCGGAGAUCAAGUUCACCAUCGCUGGCCAGUGGGAAAGAGCUGUCUUCGGCCUUCGUGAGCAGACUUCCUCUUCUUGGUCGAAUGAAGCUGACUUCUCCUGUGGGGGAAGAGGACUCGGGGCUGAGUGAGAGCUCCCAGGGCGCCAGCAGCUCGGCCUGCUGCCUGGAAACGCAGGAGGCGCACAGCGAAGUGGGCCUGGCCAAUGGCAGGGUGGAAGCGCCUGCGGGAAGGGCACUGGCCUCCGACCUGUGCUACGAGGCCGAGAGUCCAGACGAAGCGGCCCUCGUGUACGCAGCCAGGGCCUACCGGUGCACUUUACAGGCCCGGGCGCCCGAGCAGGUCACGGUGGACUUUGCUGCUUUGGGACCUUUAACCUUUCAACUCCUGCACAUCCUGCCCUUCGACUCAGUCAGAAAAAGAAUGUCCGUUGUGGUCCGGCACCCGCUUUCCAACCAAGUUGUGGUGUAUACAAAGGGUGCCGACUCUGUGAUCAUGGAGCUGCUCUCAGCGGCUUCCCCAGAUGAAGCAAGUCUGGGAAAACAGCAGAUGAUCAUAAGGGAGAAAACCCAGAAACACCUGGAUGACUAUGCCCAACGCGGCCUGCGCACUCUGUGUAUAGCCAAGAAGGUCAUGAGUGACACUGAGUAUGCAGAAUGGCUGAGGAAUCACUUUUUAGCUGAAACCAGCAUUGAAAACAGGGAAGAAUUACUACUUGAAUCUGCCAUGAGGUUGGAAAACAAACUUACAUUACUUGGUGCUACUGGCAUUGAAGACCGUCUGCAGGAAGGAGUCCCUGAAUCUAUAGAAGCCCUCCACAAAGCCGGGAUCAAGGUCUGGAUGCUGACGGGGGACAAGCAGGAGACAGCUAUCAACAUAGCAUAUGCGUGCAAACUGCUAGAGCCGGAUGACAAGCUCUUCAUCCUCAACACCCAAAGUAAAGAUGCCUGUGAGAUGCUGAUGAGCACAAUUUUGAAAGAACUUCAAAAGAAAAAUCAAGGCAGUCCAGGGCAAGCGUCAUUAAGGAUGGAUUUGCAUCAGCCUCCUGUUCCCCAGGACUCAGAGAUUCGGGCUGGACUCAUUAUCACUGGGAAGACCCUGGAGUUUGCCUUGCAAGACAAUCUACAAAGACAGUUCCUAGAACUGACGUCUUGGUGUCAAGCUGUGGUCUGCUGCCGAGCCACACCCUUGCAGAAAAGCGAGGUGGUUAAAUUGGUACGCAGCCAUCUCCGGGUGAUGACCCUGGCCAUCGGUGACGGCGCCAAUGAUGUUAGUAUGAUACAAGUGGCGGACAUCGGGAUAGGGGUGUCGGGUCAAGAAGGCAUGCAGGCGGUGAUGGCCAGCGACUUCGCCGUUUCUCAGUUCAGACAUCUCAGCAAGCUCCUUCUGGUCCACGGGCACUGGUGUUAUACGCGACUUUCCAACAUGAUUCUCUAUUUUUUCUAUAAGAAUGUGGCCUACGUGAACCUCCUUUUCUGGUACCAGUUCUUUUGUGGGUUUUCAGGAACAUCCAUGACUGACUACUGGGUCUUGAUCUUCUUCAACCUCCUCUUCACCUCCGCUCCUCCUGUCAUUUUUGGUGUUUUGGAGAAAGAUGUAUCUGCAGAGACCCUCAUGCAACUGCCUGAGCUUUACAAGAGCAGUCAGAAAUCAGAGGCGUACCUGCCCCUGACCUUCUGGAUCACCUUGCUGGAUGCCUUUUACCAGAGCCUGGCCUGCUUCUUUGUGCCUUACUUUACCUACCAGGGAUCCGACAUUGACAUCUUUACAUUUGGAAACCCCCUAAACACAGCUGCCCUGUUCAUCAUUCUCCUCCAUCUGGUCAUUGAAAGCAAGAGUUUGACUUGGAUCCACCUGCUGGUCAUCAUUGGUAGUGUCUUGUCUUACUUUUUCUUUGCCUUGGCUUUUGGAGCCAUGUGUGUAACUUGCAACCCACCAUCCAACCCCUACUGGAUUAUGCAGGAGCACAUGCUGGAUCCAGUGUUCUACUUAGUUUGUGUCCUCACAACCUGCGUUGCUCUCCUCCCCAGGUUUAUGUACAGAGUUUUUCAGGGAUCCCUGUUUCCAUCUCCAAUCUUAAGAGCUAAGCACUUGGACAGACUAACUCCAGAGGAGAGGACUGAAGCUCUCAAGAAGUGGAGAGGGGCUGCAAAAAUGGAUCAAGUGACCUCAACAUAUGCUGAGCAAUUAGCUGGCAAGUCAGGAAGAAGACCCGUGCCUGGAACUUUUGCUGUCUUUGCGAUGAAGCCUGCGUCUUCUUGUGCUGUUGAGCAGGGAAACAGAUCUCUAUGCGAAACUGCUUUAGACCCAGGCUGCCGUGAAACUGAGGCCUCAAGAGAUUAAGAAAGCAGGUUCCUUCCUUGAAAUUGAAGUCUUCUUUCAAGUGUAGAAGAGAGGUUUUGAAGAGAUGUCACAACCAAGUAAAAAUGACUUGUACUUUUCCACAAGGGACACAGGCAUUAUACUAGGCUUGGGAAGGCUGACGUAAUGACCAUUAUUAUGUGUUUGUAUACACAUUUGUAAUAGAGGGGUAGAGUUUGACCUGGACAGACUUCAGGUAAGUGAAAUAUUUAAUUUCGAAUCAAAUGCUUUUAUGAAACUUUUUGGAUUUUGUAAAAGCAUUUCAAUUGCCUUGGAAAUGUAAACAUUUUCAAGGGGAGCCAUUGGAGAUAUAUUUAUUUUAUUGGGAGUUCUCAUAUUCUCAGGAAAUUCUUCAAAUGAGUAGGCUCCAAUCUGAAUUUUUUUUUUUAAUUAAAAACAAAAGUACUUUUGAGUUAGGACUCAGAGAAGAUUUCCAUAUGGAAAAAUGUUAUAAAUGGUUAGUUUACAGAUAAAUUUCCAAGCGCCUUUUAAAUAACGUUAUACCUAAAAUAAAGUAUAAUCAUAUUGCUUAAAAUAUGUUAGAUCCACCUCACUGGUCAUUUCAGUGUUUUCCUAAGGUGAGAGGGAGCAGGAAAGAUGGAACGGGUUUUAUCAGGUACCAUAAAUGCACUCCUCUCUCAGCAGCCGUCAAAAGAAGACUGUUUAUGUGGGCUGUCUCUGCACAGAUGUUGUCAGUGAGGAAACUGAGGCCAUAGGUCAGGCGAAUAGAAUCAACUGAGUCUGCAGCCCAUGGGGCAAUGUCUUGUAUUUUAAAGCUGAGAAUAGUCUGAUCAAAAUGAUACCAUCAAUUUCAAAACCAUAUUCUAGAGACCAACUUGAAGGUUCAUUAUGUAUGUAAUAUCCAACAACCUUUCUAGUGUUGUGGACUAGUGAGAUACAAAUUGAGACUAAUACAAAUUGUUCUCAGGAGGUAUCUAUGAGGUGCUGAGAAAACAUUUUUAACACAUUUGCGGACAGGAAUGGCUAUACAGCAAGUUUACGGCUGUCUCAGAUCAUGUAUGCUGGCUUUAGUUGGAACAAAGAAACUACAGUAGAGCCUCCAGAGUCGACCGCCUCCCUACUUGGACCACUUCUUACAUUGAACUAAUUUUCAUAGAGCGGACGUACGUACCAGUGCAGCUGGCCCAGUGCUCCGUGUUGACCACCUCUGUAUGUGACCAGUUUGUUACAGUCCUUGGGUGGUCGACGUACAGAGCUUCUACUGUAGGUUUACACUAAGUAAGGCCAGGUACUAUCAUAAUAUCCUAUAUUCUUGCUGAAGUUCUUUUAAAAUUCUAUUAGCAUUUCUAUUACCUGAAUGCUGUCAGCCAUCCAUCAUCCAGAAUGUACUUCCUGAAUCUCCAUGCUAAUGUUCAAUGUCUACAUCAAGGUCUUCUUAGUAACUAUCAAACUGUCAUUCUCAGGGUAUAAUCUUUUACCUGCUGCCUGCUAUUGUGGUCUGACAUUGUUUUGUAGCCUUCUGAUAUUAUUGCAUAUAGUCUUUUAUAUGUAUUGAUUUCGAAAACUUUCAGAACCCCACACGGCUAAUGAAAGUUGCUUUUUAUUUCCUUAUUUUUUUAA